UUUACUUUGUCAAUUUCUGCGCCUUCAUUGAAUUGCACUGCGAGAGCUCUUAUCGAUCCGUGCACCCUGCAGCAAACCCAGCACGACAAGAUACACCACUGUACCUUAACAGAUGAAAAACACACCAUCAGAUCGUUUUAUUAUCAAACGAGUGGAUUGUAAUUGCACUUCAACUGGAAGUAGUGUGAACCAGCACCGCGGGAGAGAGAUUUCCCGUCGCACAACCUGCACUUCUUCUCUGUACGUUAGUUGGCUUCUAUUUCUUUAUUGAUUCCCAACUUGUUUUAAUCCGCCGAGGACAAAGCACAGCGAUGGUCAGACUUCAGGGCGCUCUUCAGAGUUUCAUUUCGUCGUUUGAUUUCUGAAUUUCGACAGAGAAGUGCACGAAACUGUAACUGGAAGGAUUUAAACAGAUUUGGCGUGUUUGCGAAAGGAGACUACAAUGCCGGACCAGAUCACAGUGGCGGAGUUUGUGGCAGAGACGAACGAAGAUUAUAAAUCGCCCACCGCCUCAAACUUCACCACCAGAAUGACUCACUGCAGAAAUACCGUAGCAGCACUCGAUGAGGCCCUGGAUGUGGACCGCAGUGUUCUGUACAAGAUGAAGAAGUCAGUUAAGGCCAUUUACACCUCUGGUCUGGCUCACGUCGAGAAUGAGGAACAGUACACACAAGCGCUUGAGAAGUUUGGAGAGAACUGCGUGUACAGAGAUGACCCUGAUCUGGGAUCAGCCUUCCUCAAGUUCUCAGUCUUCACUAAGGAGCUUACAGCCCUCUUCAAGAACCUGUUUCAGAACAUGAAUAACAUCAUUACCUUCCCAUUGGACAGUCUGCUAAAGGGAGAUCUGAAAGGGGUUAAAGGGGAUCUAAAGAAGCCCUUUGAUAAAGCCUGGAAAGACUACGAAACUAAAGUCUGCAAGGGACAUUCUUUACUGAAAGGUUCCAAAAUAGAGAAGGAGAAGAAAGAGCACGCUCGACAACACGGAAUGAUCCGGACGGAGAUCAGCGGAGCCGAGGUAGCUGAGGAGAUGGAGAAGGAGCGACGCUUUUUUCAGCUUCAGAUGUGCGAGUACCUCCUCAAAGUCAAUGAAAUUAAGAUCAAGAAAGGUGUCGACCUCCUGCAGAAUCUCAUCAAAUACUUUCAUGCACAAUGCAACUUCUUCCAGGAUGGUCUGAAAGCAGUGGACAACCUCAAACCCUCAAUAGAAAAACUCGCCACAGACUUGCAUUCGAUCAAACAGGUACAGGAUGAAGAGCGCAGGCAGCUUACUCAGUUACGGGACGUUCUGAAGACAUCUCUGCAGGUGGAGCAGAAGGAGGAUUCGCAGGUUAGGCAGAGCGCCACCUACAGUCUACACCAGCCCCAGGGGAACAAAGAACACGGGACAGAACGCAGCGGCAAUCUUUACAAGAAGAGUGAUGGGCUGCGUAAAGUAUGGCAGAAGAGAAAAUGCACGGUGAAGAACGGUUAUUUGACCAUCUCGCACGGGACGGCUAACAGACCUCCUGCCAAACUCAAUCUUCUCACCUGUCAGGUGAAGCACAAUCCAGAGGAAAAGAAGAGUUUCGACCUCAUCUCCCACGACAGAACGUAUCAUUUCCAGGCAGAAGAUGAGCCUGAAUGUCAAAUAUGGAUCUCAGUGUUGCAGAACAGUAAAGAGGAGGCGCUCAACAACGCUUUUAAGGGUGAUCAGCACGUUGGCGAGAACAACAUCGUGCAGGAGCUCACCAAGGCCAUCCUGGGUGAGGUCAAGCGGAUGGCCGGCAACGACGUCUGCUGUGACUGCGGAGCUCCCGGUCCGACAUGGCUAUCCACCAAUCUGGGCAUCCUGACGUGCAUCGAGUGUUCUGGUAUCCACCGAGAGUUGGGCGUACACUACUCCAGAAUCCAGUCUUUAACACUAGAUGUUCUCAGCACCUCAGAGCUCUUGCUGGCCAAGAACGUGGGGAAUGCUGGCUUUAAUGAGAUCAUGGAAGCGUGUUUGACAGCAGAAGAUGUGAUCAAACCAAAUCCAGCCAGUGACAUGCAGGCGAGGAAAGACUUCAUCAUGGCCAAAUACACAGAGAAACGCUUCGCUCGGAAGAAGUGUCCCGAUGAGCUUUCCAAACUGCACACGCUGUGUGAUGCCGUGAAGGCCAGAGAUAUUUUCUCUCUUGUUCAGGUUUUCGCUGAGGGGGUGGAUCUAAUGGAGCCCAUACCGCUGGCCAAUGGCCAUGAACAAGGUGAGACAGCCCUUCAUCUGGCCGUCAGACUGGUGGACAGAACCUCCCUUCACAUCGUGGACUUCCUCACCCAAAACAGUUUAAACCUGGAUAAGCAAACGGUUAAAGGAAGCACAGCGCUGCAUUACUGCUGUCUGACGGACAACAGCGAGUGUCUUAAACUGCUGCUGAGAGGAAAGGCCUCGAUAGACAUCGCUAAUGAGGCUGGUGAGACCCCGCUUGACAUCGCCCGACGACUCAAACAUAUACAGUGUGAGGAACUGCUGAACCAGGCACUUGCUGGGAAGUUCAACGCUCACGUGCACGUAGAGUACGAGUGGAGGCUUCAACAUGAGGACCUGGAUGAAAGUGAUGAAGAUCUGGAUGAGAAGUCUAGCCCUCACCGGCGGGAUGAGAGACCCAUUAGCUGUUACACACCAGGAAGUAACUCCCUUCAGCCUAGCACGGCCAGUCGGAGCUUUGUGCCCAACCUGGUCAACAAUGAGACCUAUGGAACCAUCAUCACCAACUCACCGGUCACCCUAUCCACGUCUGCUCCACCUCUACCACCCCGAAAUUUAGUUCAGCCGUCUGGUCUUCCUGGAAUGGCUCAGGGUUCACCUGGUUGGAAGCCUGGCACCCUGGAUCUGACAGGCAGGCAGAGAUCUUCCUCUGACCCCCCCAACAUGCACCCCCCAGCCCCCCCGUUACGAGUCACAUCCACCUCCCUUCUCGCGCCGGGUGGCCCUCCCCAUCAUGUGGCUAAAACUUCCGGCAUGAUGGAGGCUAUGAGUGUACAGCCUAGAACUGGUCAGAACAUCAGCUGGGCUACAAGUGUGGAAAAGAAUCCGAAGAAAAGCUCGCUGAUGCGCUCGGGAUCCAUCGAGAGACCAGGUAGAUGUCAAAGAAACCAUUUUAACUCUAAAGAAGUUCCGGGGUCUCCACCAUCUCAAAACACAAUUGGCCAGUCUAUGCCUCCAACCCACAUACCCAGGAAAACCUACCUGCAGAAGCCCAAGCGUGUAAAGGCCAUGUAUCAUUGUGUAGCUGAUAACCCGGAUGAGCUGACCUUCUCGGAGGGAGAGAUCAUUGUGGUGGAUGGUGAGGAGGAUCAGGAGUGGUGGCUGGGCCACAUCGAGGGAGAGCCCAUGAGAAGAGGAGCGUUUCCGGUCACAUUCGUGCACUUUAUCAUGGACUGACGGUCGGACAUCUGGACUGAUGACGUCACCUCUCUGCCUCCGUUUGGCAUCACUAACCAUCACCAUCACCAUCAUCUGUGUUUCUGCUGUCGCUUAGUUUCUGUGGACCCCUGGCCUUCACUGCUUUAGGGCAAUGCAGUCUCUGGAAUGUAACACCUGAUCACAUCAUACAAGUUUGGAGAUCGUUCAGGUUUUUUCUUUUUUGGUUUGUAGACCAGAUAUGAUUCCAUACGAUUGUGACUUGGAUGCUGUCCAUGCACUUUCAUUCUUAAUUUAUCACAGUCACCAAAUGGUGGUAAAAACGUUGAAAAACACGACGGCUUAACUGUGGGAUUCGUACUCGUAUUUCUGUCGCGUAUGGCCACGCAGAAGGAUAUAUGGGGAAUAUCGUGACUUCAAAAGACUCUUGGGAAACGACAGCUUUGUAAUGGUGCUAAGCCAGAAAUACGCUCGGAGCGGUGUCUUGCCUUUGGGGGGGGCGCUCCGAUGCACCGUUUUCCCACUACCUGCCCCAGUGCUGGGCAUAUAAAUAGGCCUUCCCUUUCUCACACCUUACAUAUCUCAGAAAUACAAUGCGUGAGAGAAAUCGACAGAAAUGGUGCUGGGUGACUCUAUUAGUGUUGAGGAAAAAGGUCUCACCCUGUACCUGCUGGUAGUUUUUAGCACUAUGACGGUCCUGCAGGGGGAUGAAUGGAACUUGGAACUACUAAGGAGCCUUAAAGAGGGUUUGUUUGUGUAUAGAUAUUUAUAAUAGUUCUGAGCUGUCUUUAUUUAGAUGCUCUUAAGAGUUAUUCUUACUUCCUUUAGUGUGCAGAGCUGGAACAUACUGAACAGUUUUUACCUUGCGUGGUAUGCACUAAUCCGUUAUUUCAUGUAACCAAGAAUGUGAAUUCUGUGCUGUUACAAAUGUGUGUGACGUCAGUCAAAGUGCGAGAGUCUAGAUUAUUUAUAUUUUGACCUUUCCGAAUAGGGUUCUUCCUGUCUUUGGCUAGAUGAUUCUUCCCUGUAACAGUAAUAAUCCUCGCUCUGUCUCUCUAGUGCUUUGUGUUCAGGAGAAAAUGGCUCAUCAUUACCAGUCAUGUACUCUAACACCACCAUUAUUAAUCUUUUCUAAAGUAUUGAAACGUUUAAUGAAUGAAUAGAGUUCUGUAUGGCAGUACCAUAGUGGAGCGUUUUAUGUGAUGAGUGUUUGGUGUGGUUGCAGAGCAACUUGAUAGUCUCUUAUGUAACUUUUAAGUAAAAUAUUGUUAGUCAUGAUUGAGCUCGAAACAGAGUGACCUGUAACUCGGCCAGUGAAGGGAUGUCUUUAUUCUCCAUUGUUCAGUGGACUGUAUAUAAAUGUAGACUUUGCUUUGUGCAUAUUUAAUUGUAAACAGAGAGCUCAACUGAUAAUGACCUAUAUUUAGAUGUACUGUUAGGAUAAACUUCUAUUCACCCCCGUUUACCAAAACUCUCAUUGACGCUAAUAUAUAAAUACAUGUACAAAUACAUGGGAAAACUGGAAUUAAACAAAACCUUAAUGAAUUUCAAUUUGUUUGCAUUUUUAAAAUACUUGAAAUGUUGUGAUGUAUUAGUCGAAGGGAUGUUUUACAUUCUCACGUGUUGGGCCGUAGACUUUUACUUUUAAAGAUGAAGUCAAUUAAAAUUCUGUCAUAAUUUACUCACUCUCUUGUCAUUUCAAAUCUGUAUGACACAAAAGAAGAUAUUUAGAAGAA